CGUCCAAAAGCCGCUCUCCUGCCCUUUUCAUUCCAACCCCUUCUCCCAAAGCCCUAGACCAUAAUCCAUUUCCCUUCUCCUCCCCCACUCUUCCCAUGCCUUCUUCUUCUUCUUCUUCCUCUUUCUCUUCUCUCUAGAGCAAUUUCAAAUGCCGAUCUCUUCGACCCUCUCCUCCCCGUCUCUCCCCUCGCAUUUCUUCCCCUUCGACCCUCCCCACGCCGCUCCUCGCCUCACCGUCCCCUCGUCCUCUUCCCCUGCAGCCGCCGCCGCCGCCGCCGCCGCCGAUCGGUUCCGUGCCCUAGCCAUCAAGAAGUCGGGGUUCUUGUCGGUGAUCGACCGGGCCAUGGAGGAGGAGGAGUACCGGAGGGCGAGGGCGGAGGUGCGGCGGAAGGGCGUUGACGUCGAGGGAUACCUCAUCGAGGGCGUCUCCGUCGGCGGCCACGAGACCUGCGUCGUCGUCCCCAGCCUCAACUCCGCCUUCGACAUCGGCCGCUGCCCCGCCAAGGCCGUGCACCAGGAUUUCCUCUUCAUCACCCACGCCCACCUCGACCACAUCGGUGGCCUUCCAAUGUACUUGGCUACGCGCGGCCUAUACAAUUUAAAACCUCCAACUGUAUUUGUGCCCCCAUGUAUUAAAGAGGAUGUGGAGAAGUUGCUACAAAUUCAUCGGACCAUGAGUCAAGUUGAACUAAAAGUCGAACUAGUUGCUCUGGAUGUGGGAGAGACUUAUGAGAUUCGUAAUGAUCUUGUCGUUCGGCCAUUCAGAACUCGACAUGUUAUACCCAGCCAGGGAUAUGUCAUUUAUUCAGUGAGAAACAAGCUCAAAAAACAGUACGCUCACUUAAAAGGCACGCAAAUCAAGAAAUUGAAGCUUUCCGGUGUUCAGAUUACGGACACCAUAUUAUCUCCAGAGGUUGCCUUCACAGGAGACACAAUGUCGGACUUCAUUAUCGAGCCACGAAAUGCAGAUGCUCUGAGGGCAAAAAUUCUUAUCACAGAGGCUACUUUCCUUGAUGAAGAAAAUGACAUCAACCAUGCCCGGGAACAUGGUCAUAUGCAUUUGUUUGAGAUUAUGGAGCAUGCUCAGUGGUUCCGUAACAAGGCCAUCUUACUCACACACUUCUCAUCUCGAUAUUAUACGGAGGAUAUUCGUUUGGCUGUGUCAAAGCUGCAGCCAAAGCUCUCUUCUAAGGUUGUUGCUCUUACAGAAGGCUUCAGAUCAGUUUAUAAUUGAAAUGUAAAUAAACAUUCUUCAUUUCUAGUUGUCUUCGACAGAAUAGUAUUGUUUUUAUCAAUUCUUUUGGUGGAAUCUGUAUUCAAACUUGUGUUUGUCCCUCGUA